AUGUCUGCGAUGACCACGAACGCCGCGAAGCCCUUCCGCAUUCUCGACCUCCCGCCCGAAAUCCGCACCAAGAUCUACAUCCUUCUCUGCACCUCCCCAACGCCCUCCGUUUCGCUCUCUGCCGUCUCCUCGCCCUUCGCGGAGCCAAUCCACCCAUCUUUCCCUCAGAACCUCCUCCUGACAAACACGCAGCUCUACCACGAGCUGCGACCCCUCUACUUCACCACCAACAGCUUCAGUCUGACCAUCCGCCGCCGCAAUGACGACUGGUCUUACUUCCUCGCUGCUCCCUUCCUCGACAAUCGUCGCCAGAUACACAGCCUGCGGGUCGUGGUUGUGAGGUGGGGGACCAAGGAUUUCUUCUGCAAGAGCUUGAUCCCGGUUCUGGAGGACUGUGUUUUGAACGGGAGGUUGAGGCAGCUGGAGGUUGUGGUCCGGGAGGGGUUCUUGAAGGGGCUGGCUCAAGGAGAGGGGGAGGGCUUUGAGAAUUGGAAGAGAUUGACGGUCUUGUUGGGAGAUCCGUAUCUGGAGAGGGUGAAGCUACUGGCUGGGGCUGUCGAUGAAGGGUGUGGUGAGCUGUCGGAAGGCGGGUUGAUCCACUUGAGAGAUGUCACGGAGCUUCUGAGGUUAAGAGGUGGAUGA